CGUUAGGCUCGUACCACCGAUUCUUUGUUUGGACAUAACAAAACAUUUCAACGAACUCUUAUUUAUUUCUGCUUCCCUCAGCUGAAAAAGAAAGAAAGAAAGAAAGAGAGCUGAGAGGAAAGAACUGACUCACCAAACAACAAUGGCUUCGCUCAACUCUUCAUCCGUGAGCUUCUUGAAUUCUCCUUCACUGCCAAACAAGCCCUUAUUAACUACUAAUUCUUCUCUUAAUCAGCUUUCUUUUCCUAAAUCCAGUUCGUUAAUUAAUUCCAAUGAUUCCUUAACUUUAUUCCAUGUCCGAUCAAGCCGAGCUUCGUCUUCGAGAAGUCCUAAAGCCUUGGUUGUGGCGGCGGCGGCGAACAAAUCAGAGCCGUUGAAGAUAAUGAUUUCCGGAGCUCCGGCUUCUGGUAAAGGAACACAAUGUGAGCUCAUUAAAAAAAAGUAUGAUUUGGUGCACGUUGCAGCUGGAGAUCUGUUGAGGGCUGAAAUUGCUUCUGGAAGUGACAAUGGAAAGCGAGCAAAGGAAUACAUGGAUAUAGGACAGUUGGUCCCAGAUGAAAUAGUUGUCAUGAUGGUUAAAGAGCGGUUGAUGCAACCUGAUUCUCAAGAUAAAGGUUGGCUUUUGGAUGGAUAUCCUCGGAGCUUAUCACAAGCAACUAAACUUCAAGGAUAUGGUUUCCACCCAGAGCUCUUCAUUCUCCUUGAAGUCCCUGAGGAGAUCCUAGUUGAGAGGGUUGUUGGCCGGAGGUUAGAUCCAGUUACUGGUAAGAUAUACCAUUUAAAGUAUUCUCCCCCAGAGACAGAAGAAAUUGCUGCAAGGCUUACUCAACGAUUUGAUGACACAGAAGAAAAGGUUAAACUCCGAUUGCACACUCAUCAUCAGAAUGUGGCAUCAGUGCUUGCGAUGUUUGAAGAUACUAUCAUCAAGGUGGAUGGAAGUGUUUCCAAGGAGGCUGUAUUUGCGCAGAUAGAUUCUGCAUUAACAAAGCUGCUGGAGCAAAGGGCAGAAAAGAUAGGAUCUGCAAUAGCUUAGAACAGUAAGUCCGGAAAUGAUUGAAAUCAUACAGAAGAAAGAUUAGGAUUUUGCUAGGUGAGAAAGCAGGAAAUUUUUAUGACAAGUACUUACAAGAUUAAUGGCUGAUAGCUUGAUGGAUUCUUCCCUUGUAUACUAGUGCAAAUAUACAUGCGACAACCAAAGUUGUAUGUACUAUUGCAGUGUCCAUUGUCCAAAUUUAUCUGCUACUGUUACUUUUGCGUUUUUGUGUUUUCUUCCCCCAGCCAUCAACACUCUGCAAAUUGUUGUAUUAUCUUCUGAAGAAUAACUUUUGCUGUUGAAUUGUCAGAUUUCCGGUCAUGGAAUUGUUAAUGACUAUAACUAAUUUGCCGUCGCA